AUUUAUUGUAAAAUUUUCGAAAAGGCCCUACCCGAUAAGAAUUCUAAUAAAAUCUUUACAAGAAGAUGCGUUAGGUAAGAAGAAUAAACAUACUAUUUGAUUAUAAGUUGGUUUCUUUGUUAAAUACAGAGUUUUGGCUCAGCCGAAAUAGUUAGAAAGUCAAGCAACCUCCUCCGCACGCAACCUAUUAUUGUACCGAAAACCUCUACCACCAUACAAGUCCUCCCGAAUAAGAUUCAACCAACAGAGAGAGAAUAUCUGGUAUAGGUUGAAGAAACGAGCAGCAACGAGAAUCUCUGAAGUUGGUUGAGCGAACACAGAAAGAUGCCGACGUUGACGAAGCUGUAUUCAAUGCAAGAAGCGUCACAGCAAAACUGCUGGGUCGUCAUCGAUGGCAAGGUGUAUGAUGUGUCAACCUAUUUGGACGACCACCCUGGUGGAGACGACAUACUCCUGGCUGCAACUGGACGAGAUGCCACUGAAGAUUUUGAAGAAGCUGGGCACAGCAAAACUGCCAGGGAGGAAAUGAAAGCCUUAUGCAUUGGAGAACUUGACACCACUUCCUCGGAUGUUCCAGAGCUAGAGAUUUUCUCCGAGAAUCAGCCACCCGGCUAUCCCAAGAAGCUUGCCAAUUUGACAAAGCGAUACUGGAUUGUUCCAGCGGCUGUUGUUGGCAUCUCCGUGGUUAUUGGAGUCUUGUACUUGCGCAAGAAGUGAUCAUCCAAUACAAUUUUGCCCUUGUCAUACAACUCGAAGGGAAAGUUCAUCACAAUUUUGAAUGGGAGGCGAGACAAAGCCAACAAUGCUCCUCGCUUUGUGAGAGUCAGGGAAAUAUCUUUUCAAAAUUGUAUUGAGGAAUAUGCAUAUGCAUAUCGUGAUUGAAAUAUUUUAAUGUAUGGAUUUCAAAUAUGAAAUUUAUUAUAUGGAGAUUGUAUGUCAUUGAGGUUAGGGGAAA